GUACCACUUUCUAGGAAAGCAAUCCAAGACCUAUCUCUCUUUCUUUCGGAUUCCUUGUGGGUUCUUAUACCUGGGAAAUUAUGCAGAAUUCUUCUUACCGUUACCUCUGUAAUCAAUGAACAGCUACAAGACAAAGUAAAAAGCCGUUUCCUUUUGCUAGGUCGCUCUUAAAAUACUCGUGUCUCUACCAACCCCUCAAAAAGUGCCCACCUUUCUUGUUUCUGCCUUCUGGGUUUCAGUUGGAUUCUGAGAAUUUUGCUGGCAGUCGAAGAGGGUUUGCAGAUUUUCAGACGACUCCUCUUCCCUCCUGCAAUUCCUCAGGUGGGUAAGUUCUCUUCCUUUGUGCAUCUUUAAUUUUGUAAGAAUCUAUUCAGUUGGCCUUCUGCUUGUGUAUGUGAUUGAGUAAAUGUUGGGGGUGAUUCAAUUGGCUGAUUUACUGAGUUUGAUGUUGUGACCAGGGAUUCCUUCUCUGUUCUGUACUGUGUGAGCAUGGAGAAAGAGUCAGAAUCAGUGAGUUGAUCAGAUCUUAAAAUCCAUUUUAACCAUGGCUGAAGUUGAUGACACGGUUAGUCUGAGAGAAGCACUCCACGCACAGCAGCAGAUCCUGCAUGACCUCUACCGCGAGCUCGACGCGGAGAGGGAAGCUGCUGCAACUGCAGCUAGUGAAACCAUGUCCAUGAUCCUGCGCUUGCAAGGGGAGAAGUCUGUGCUGAAGAUGGAAGCGAAUCAGUACAAGAGAAUGGCGGAGGAGAAGAUGUGUCAUGCUGAAGAAGCACUGGCAUUGUGUGAGGACCUCAUGUUUCAGAAGGAGAUGGAGAUUGCUUCCCUUCAGUUCCAGCUUCAGUCGUACCGAAACAGGCUCGUUAGCAUGGGACUUAGUGAUGAACCAGGUCAGUUGAUGUCUCACAAAAGCGAUACUCUGGUGGUGGAGAAGUUUGUCCAUGGGAACGUGAGGAGACUCAACUCAUUGCCUCGCUGGAAAGGAGGUUUUGAUAGAGAACAAGAUGGUACCACUGCUAGAACGAUUGAUGAGGGAGCUGAAUUCCGAGAGAUUUGUGAACCGGAGAAGAAAUUAGCAGUAGUUCCGAGCGGCGGAGAUGCAAAUUCGUACUGGGAAAAGAUCAGAAAAAGAUUGGACGAACGACUGAAAGAGAUCCCCGGUAGAAACAAAGAUCAUGACGAAAGCAAGGGUACAAUUUGGAGAGGUGGAACAUGGUCUCCUUCGUUGUAUUCACAACUUAGAGAAGGGAAUGGUAUUGGUAAUGAGCAAGUGAAGACAAUGUUGCAUUGUUCAAUCAAUGAGAAGAAAGCUCCGAAAGAUGCACCCAUUGAUGAUCACCAUGGCUUGCCUCCCCCUCCUCCUCCUCCUCCUCCUCCUCCAGCUACUGCUGUUGCUCAUUCGUUGGUUUCUGCUGCCGAUUACCAGAAGCUGAUGCGAAGAAUCGAGAGGCUCGAGAGGGAGAGGAACGUUGGUGGGAGGCAGCAGGAGAUUGUUUCUUGUGGAGGGCCAAUUGCAGAGGAAGAAGAGACUCAACUGUUGAAGGCUAUUCAGGAGCAGCUCAGUGGAAUACAGAGUGAACUGAGAAGUAGAAAAGCUGAAAGAAUCCCAGAUGAUGAACCAUGUCUUGACGUUCUCCAGGAGGCAAUGCUAUACUUCUGGCUAUGAAGCAAUCAAAAGGCUUCCAUACAUACAUACUUCAUCAGGUGUUUGCUUUGCUACAAGUUUCUGGUGAGAAAGUAGGGUUUAGUAGUGAAGAUAAUAAUACAAGGGAAUGAUGGUGAUGGUCACAUUUGCCCCAUACAGAAGGCAUUAACUUUUGUAUAUGAUUUAUUAGGUCAUGACUGAUCUGUUUUGUGGUUUUGGGUUGUUGUUGUAAACAAGGUGUUGCAUGUUCUCUAUAGGGAUUUGGCACAAUUGGUUUGUACAGCUUUUGUUUGGUAAUGAAAUGUGAGUUCCUUUUUAGAAUCUUCCCUUUUUGUAUGGUCUCAUUUAUCUUGUUCUAUUUCCUUUAUUAUGGAUUUCUUCCAAAUAUGUUAUUUGUGGAGUCAAUUCAUGCUUCACAAGUAUGUCUUGAUGGCUGGCAUAUGUAUUGUCCGAUUUUUAUCGGAUGUCCCCGAAGGAACCAUAUAUGUUGUUCGAGAAACUUAUCCAAGUAUCUAUUUUGACUUCAUUAAUGAUGGAUCAUUGUGAAAGCUAUAUGAGUUUCGAAUUUGGAAAUCGAAUUAAGGUCCUAAACCGAAGAUUUUGGCAUAUUUUCAGAUCAACUAGUUAAUGCGAGCUUACUAAACAAGAAUUGAUCACAAUUGUGAUGAUGAAACUUAAUAAAUAUACUAAAGAUGG